CGUCUGGGGCGUCCCGCUCCAAGUUUGCUCUCCAUCACUCCUGGCCAGUGUCUGGCCACGCCGAGCGGAGCGCGAAGGUAUCGGAGCUCCAGGCAACUGCCCCAUCCACACCUGCGGGAACCUCGCGCCCCGCACCUGGUGCGACUGGGUUGCGGUGCUCCGCUGUCCUCCGGGGUAUGGAGCGAGUGAAGACAGCGUCUACCGGCCGCAAGGGCAGCCUGUGAGUCGAAGAGCCGAGGACCGAGUGGGAGCGUUACCGCGCGCACUAUGCCUGUCCGGGUGGAGGCGAGGGCGGCUUGGCGCGUGGUGGCCCUGGCGCUGCUGCUGCACCCCGCCGUGCCUGCAGCCUCCCAGCCGCUACCCCAGCGCCCGCUGCAGCCGAGCAUGCCCCACGUGUGUGCAGAACAGAAGCUGACCCUGGUUGGCCACCGCCAGCCUUGUGUGCAAGCCUUCAGCCGCAUAGUGCCUGUGUGGAGGUCAGGCUGCGGGCAGCAGGCAUGGUGUGUUGGCCAAGAGCGCAGGACUGUGUACUACAUGAGCUACAGACAGGUAUAUGCCACAGAGACCCGCACUGUGUUCAGGUGCUGUCCCGGCUGGAGCCAGAAGCCUGGCCAGGAAGGCUGCCUCUCAGAUGUGGAUGAAUGUGCCAAUGCCAAUGGGGGCUGUGAGGGCCCGUGCUGCAACACUGUGGGUGGUUUUUACUGCCGCUGCCCACCCGGCUACCAGCUCCAGGGUGAUGGCAAAACCUGCCAAGAUGUGGACGAAUGUCGAGCACACAAUGGUGGUUGCCAGCACAGGUGUGUGAAUACCCCCGGCUCUUACCUCUGUGAGUGCAAACCUGGCUUCCGGCUCCACACAGAUGGCAGGACCUGCCUGGCCAUCAGCUCCUGCACUCUGGGAAAUGGUGGCUGCCAGCAUCAGUGUGUGCAGCUCACUGUGACACAACACCGCUGCCAGUGCCGGCCCCAGUACCAGCUGCAGGAGGAUGGCAGGCGCUGUGUCCGGAGAAGUCCAUGUGCAGACGGCAAUGGUGGCUGUAUGCAUAUAUGCCAGGAACUCCGGGGCUUUGCCCACUGUGGCUGCCACCCAGGUUACCAGCUUGCUGCAGACCGAAAAGCCUGUGAAGAUGUGGACGACUGUGCCUUGGGGCUGGCCCAGUGUGCUCAUGGCUGUCUUAACACUCAAGGGUCCUUUAAGUGUGUGUGCCACGCAGGCUAUGAGCUGGGUGCCGAUGGCCGUCAGUGUUACCGGAUCGAGAUGGAGAUUGUGAACAGCUGCGAGGCUAGCAAUGGCGGCUGCUCACACGGCUGUAGUCACACUAGCACAGGGCCCCUGUGCACCUGCCCUCAUGGUUACGAGUUGGAUGAAGACCAGAAGACCUGCAUCGACAUUGACGACUGUGCCAACUCUCCGUGCUGCCAGCAGGUGUGUGCCAACACCCCUGGUGGGUAUGAGUGCAGCUGCUUUGCCGGCUACCGGCUCAACACAGACGGCUGUGGUUGUGAGGAUGUCGAUGAGUGUGUGUCUGGUCACAGCGGCUGUGAGCACCACUGCUCUAAUCUGGCUGGCUCCUUCCAGUGUUCCUGUGAGGCUGGUUACCGGUUGGACGAGGACCGCAGGGGCUGCACGCCCCUAGAAGAGUCUGUGGUGGACCUGGAUGGCCAGCUGCCCUUUGUGCGGCCCCUGCCCCACAUUGCGGUACUGAGGGACGAGCUGCCACAACUCUUCCAAGAUGACUAUGGGGCUGAGGAGGAGGCAGCGGCGGAGUUGCGAGGAGAACACACGCUCACAGAGAAGUUCGUCUGCUUGGAUCACUCCUUUGGCCAUGACUGCAGCCUAACCUGCGAUGACUGCAGGAAUGGAGGAACCUGCUUCCCGGGCCUGGAUGGCUGUGACUGCCCAGAGGGCUGGACCGGGAUCAUCUGCAAUGAGACUUGUCCUCCAGACACUUUUGGGAAGAACUGUAGCUCUCCCUGCAUCUGUCAGAAUGGUGGGACCUGCGAUCCAGUGUCAGGAGCCUGCCGCUGUCCCCCAGGUGUCAGUGGAGCCCACUGUGAGGAUGGUUGCCCCAAGGGCUUCUACGGCAAACACUGUCGUAAGAAGUGCCACUGUGCUAACCGGGGCCGGUGCCACCGCCUCUAUGGGGCCUGCCUCUGUGACCCAGGGCUUUAUGGCCGUUUCUGCCACCUUGCCUGCCCUCCCUGGGCCUUCGGGCCGGGCUGUUCUGAGGACUGCCUUUGUGAGAAGUCACACACAAGAUCUUGUAACCCGAAGGAUGGUAGCUGCUCCUGCAAGGCCGGCUUUCAGGGAGAGCACUGCCUGGCGGAGUGCGAGCCAGGUUUCUUCGGACCAGGCUGCAGACACCGUUGCACCUGCCAGCCAGGUGUAGCCUGUGACCCUGUGAGUGGCCAGUGUCGGACGCAGUGUCCUCCUGGCUACCAGGGGGAGGACUGUGGCCAAGAGUGCCCAGCGGGAACAUUUGGUGUGAACUGCUCAGGUUCCUGCUCCUGUGUGGGGGCCCCCUGUCACCGAGUCACAGGGGAGUGUCUGUGCCCACCAGGGAAGACUGGGGAGGACUGUGGAGCUGAUUGUCCCGAGGGCCACUGGGGGCUUGGCUGUCAAGAGAUCUGCCCUGCAUGUGAGCACGGUGCCAGCUGCGACCCUGAGACUGGAACCUGCCUGUGUCUCUCUGGCUUUGUUGGCAGCCGCUGCCAGGAUGCUUGCCCAGCAGGCUGGUUUGGGGCUGGCUGCCAGAUGAGGUGUGCUUGUGCCAAUGAUGGGCAUUGUCACCCGGCCACAGGACGCUGUAGCUGUGCCCCUGGGUGGACUGGCCUCAGCUGCCAGAGAGCCUGUGACAGUGGACACUGGGGGCCUGACUGCGUCCAUCCUUGCAACUGCAGUGCAGGCCAUGGGAGCUGUGAUGCCGUCAGUGGCCUCUGCCUGUGUGAGGCUGGCUAUGAAGGUCCCCGGUGUGAGCAGUGGUGUCGCCAAGGGUACUUUGGACCUGGCUGUGAGCAGAAGUGCAGGUGUGAGCAUGGGGCCACCUGUGACCAUGUCAGUGGGGCCUGUACCUGCCCAGCCGGCUGGAGGGGAAGCUUCUGCGAGCAUGCCUGUCCUGCUGGCUUCUUUGGGUUAGACUGUGGCAGUGCCUGCAACUGCUCCGCCGGGGCCCCCUGUGAUGCUGUCACUGGCUCGUGCAUCUGCCCAGCUGGCCGCUGGGGCUCACACUGUGCCCAGACUUGCCCACCUCUCACCUUCGGGCUUAACUGCAGUCAGAUUUGUACCUGUUUCAAUGGGGCCUCCUGUGACCCUGUCCAUGGGCAGUGCCACUGUGCUCCUGGAUGGAUGGGACCCACCUGCCUGCAGGCCUGCCCCGCUGGCCUGUAUGGCAAGAACUGCCAGCUUUCCUGUCUGUGCCGAAAUGGAGGGAGCUGUGAGCCUAUCUUGGGCCAGUGCACGUGCCCAGAGGGCUGGACUGGCUUGGCCUGCGAGAAUGAAUGCCUUCCUGGACACUAUGGGGCUGGUUGUCGGCUCAACUGCACUUGCCUUAAUGGGGGCAUAUGUGACCCGCUUACCGGCCACUGCCGCUGCCCAGCUGGCUGGACUGGGGACCAGUGUCAGAGCUCCUGCGUCAAUGGCAUGUUUGGGGUUCACUGUGAAGAACACUGUGCCUGCCGGAAAGGUGCCACCUGCCACCAUGUCACGGGGGCCUGCCUCUGUCCCCCAGGAUGGAGGGGCUCGCACUGUGAACAGGCCUGUCCACGUGGCUGGUUUGGAGAGGCCUGUGCUCAGCAUUGCCGCUGCCCACCCAGUGCCCCCUGCCACCAUGUUACUGGGGAGUGCCACUGUCCACGAGGCUUCACUGGGUCUGGCUGUGAGCAGGCCUGCCAGCCUGGCACCUUUGGAAAGGACUGUGAGCACCUGUGCCAAUGUCCUGGUGAGACCUGGGCCUGCCACCCUGCUUCAGGGGCCUGUGUAUGUGCUGCUGGUUACCAUGGCACCGACUGUCAGCAACGAUGCCCAUCUGGGCGCUAUGGGCCAGGCUGUGAACACAUUUGUAAGUGUCUCAAUGGUGGGACCUGUGACCCAGCCACGGGAGUCUGCUACUGCCCUGCUGGGUUCCUUGGGGCCGACUGCAGCCUUGCCUGUCCACAGGGUCGCUUCGGCCCCAGCUGUGCCCAUGUGUGUGCGUGCGGGCAAGGGGCAGCAUGUGACCCCAUGUCGGGGACUUGCAUCUGUCCUCCUGGGAAGACGGGGGCCCACUGUGAGCAAGGCUGUCCCCAGGACCGGUUUGGCAAGGGCUGUGAACUCAAGUGUGCCUGCAGGAAUGGGGGCCUGUGUCAUGCUGCCAACGGCAGCUGUUCCUGCCCCCUGGGCUGGAUGGGGACACACUGUGAGCACGCCUGCCCAGCUGGGCGCUAUGGUGCUGCCUGCCUCCUGGAGUGUUCCUGUCAGAACAAUAGCAGCUGUGAACCCACCACGGGUGCUUGCCUCUGUGGCCCUGGCUUCUAUGGUCAAGCUUGUGAAUACUCCUGCCCCGCCGGCUUCCAUGGAUCUGGUUGCCAGAGAGUUUGUGAGUGUCAACAGGGCGCUCCCUGUGACCCUGUCAGUGGCCAGUGCCUCUGCCCUGCUGGCUUCCAUGGCCAGUUUUGCGAGAGGGGGUGCAAGCCAGGCUUUUUUGGAGCUGGCUGCCUGCAGCAGUGUAACUGCCACACGGGUGUGCCCUGUGAUCCCAUCAGCGGACUCUGCGUUUGCCCACCAGGGCGUACAGGAGCCACAUGUGACCUAGAUUGCAGAAGGGGCCGCUUUGGGCCGGGCUGUGCCCUGCGCUGUGAUUGUGGGGGUGGGGCUGACUGCGACCCAAUCAGUGGGCAGUGCCACUGUGUGGACAGCUACACUGGACCCACUUGCCGGGAAGUGCUCACACAGCUGUCCUCCAGCAGACCAGCACCCCAGCACCCCAGCAGCAGGGCCGCGAAGCACUAACUCAGAAGAACACCCACAGAGGCCCACUACUGUGUUCCAGCCCAAGGAACCCAGGCCUCUGCUGGUGACUUCUGGAUCCAUACCUAUCCUGGAAAGCCAUGGAUCUCUGUGGACAGCUCUGGAUGGUCACUCUGCCACACAUUGGGGCUCUGUGGCCAUGGAUCUCUGUGGACAGCUCUGGAUGAUCACCCAGCCACACACUGGGGCUUUGUGGCCAUGGGGAAGAAGGCCUCCUUUGGACACAAGGAAUCCAGGGAGUUGACUGGGCCUCAGGCCACUGUUUACAUGGGGACCCUGCAGGCUGUGCUGUGGGAUCCUGACCCUCUUCAGUGACCUGGGAUGGGACCAAGGUGGGAAUAGGCAAGGUCCCGCCUGCCUGCCAGGUCCUUCUGGUGCUAGGCCAUGGACUGCUGCGGCCAGCCAACUGUUUACCUGGAAAUGUAGUCCAGCCCGUAUUUAUGUAAGGUAUUUAUGGGCAAUUCCACUUGCCAUUAUGGCCCUGGGUUAGCUGGAAGCUGCCUGAUCCCAGAACUCAGGCAGUGGACUGUGGGAGUCUCCAGCAAGUGGGAUGGAGGGUUUUGUAAAGCCCAGUGAGUUAAAGGCACAGUGGUGUCCUCAUGGUCUGGGUUUCUGUGCUUUCUGCAGACUCUGUAGGUCCUUCCAAGAGCAACUGGCAUGAGGGUUCUUGGGUGGGAACCUCCUGUACCCCUCUGUAAUGACAGGAGUGCUGCUCAGGUCACAUCAGGGUUCUUCCUGAUUUCUACCUCUGGGGAAUGAGGCAGUGCCUGGUCAAGGUAAAUUAUCCCAGAGAACACACUGGUGCCUGAGACAUCUCCAGAGAGAGACUACAGGAAGAAUGCCCCAGAAGGAGCAGGCCAGGACAGGUGUGGAAGGAAAUCCAUGCUUAACCCAAACAGCCCACCCCUGCCUCCACAGGGUGAUGGACAGGCAAUGUCACAGGAGCCAGGGCUCCCUGUGGAUGGAUGGAGGCUAAUACCUCAGAUAAAAGAGUAUAGUUCAGAGCAGAGCUGCAGGAGGGUUGGGGGAGGGCCUGGAGAACAGCAGAAAUAGGAAGAGGGUUGGACUUAGACCUGAGCCUCUGCACCCACCCAAAGAAGUCCCUUGUUUUGGAUCUGGGUGGUGACUGACUCCUCCCUCUCCCACUGCAUCCGAGGCAGCUGAAACCUCCAGGGACACUUCAAAGGCUGCAGUGGGGUGGUCAGUAGUGGGAGCUAGUCAGUUGGCCAUUGUAUAGAGACUUAAGUAAAGGCAGAGGGAUGGAGCAGAGAGUGGGGAAGAGCUUUGUGUGAAUGUGAAGCAGGCAGUAUGGGAACAAAGAAGGAAUUCUAAAGCACCCAGAGGGGGAAAGGAUUAAGAAUCAGACUGGCCAGAAACUCUACAAGGGAAAGGCUGAGAGCUAAGAAAUGGUGAUAUUGUCACAGGUAUUGAAAAGUUAGCUAGAUAUGAUUUUAUAUCUAGCUAAACUAUUUCCACACCCGCAGGUUCACCCAUGUCUAAUUUGGAAAUAUUCCUGGGAAGAGCCCAGGAGGGAGCCAUGGGAGACCUCACAGCACAUUUCCUACAUGGCCAUCAUGAGGAGAACUGAAAUUGUCCUUCUAAACCACAGGUCAACCCCAGGCAGGCUCACUGUGGGGUAGGUGCAAGGGAAGUUGGAGACAGGACAUCACUGGUCCUGUGAGUGACAGGCAGGGAGCCAGCAGAAGUAGGAGAUGGAGUGGCCCACUUUAGCCCCCCCCCCCGAGAACCCAAGACCACCCAGGGGCAGGAAGGAAGAAACAGGGAAGGAAAAAGCAGGCUAACAGGGCCUGAGCAGACAGAGGUCCAGCCUUCACUAAGAGUCAUAUGAUCUUGGCUGGCAAGUUGGUUCAGAGGCUUAAUGCUCUUGCCACCAAGCCUGAUAACCUAAGUUUGUUUCCCCUGUGGUAGAUUAGUGACUUCUGCUGGUUGUCCUCCAACCUCCUCAUAUAUACCCCCAAUAAAUAAUGUCAUUAAAAUCUU